UCUCUGCGACGUGCCAUGUGACAACCGUGGCGCGACUAACCUACAAGAAUUGUUUACAUGUGAAAACAUUUCGGUUGCUUGCUCGGUUUUUAUUAAUAAUUUGUAACAAUGGAGAACGAUGAAAACGUUGUGCGUAUGGAAGACGUAUUAAGUGGUGCUGCGACAUCAGAAAAAACGGAACAGGACGAUCAAAAUACAGCAGUACCUUCGUCUCUCACUGAGAAACGUGAGAAGCAACACAUCCCGAGAGGUAAACCGAAAUCUGGCAGGAUAUGGAAGGAAGAGAAAGAAAAAUUUUCUUCCAUAAUUAAGACACGUGGGACUCGAAUGUCUUUUGAGAAGAAACAGAAACUGAAGGAGGAUCUGAAACGUGUUAAGGAAAUGUCAAGAGCGAUCAAGGAGAGAAAGCGGGCGGAAAAAGAGGCUAAGAAAGAACGAAGAAGGAACAACAUAAAACGAGCGGAGGAGAACAGAAAAAAGAGCGAGAUUGUUCAAGUUAUAACAAACACUGCGAAAAUAAAAAGAAUGAAAAAAAAACAGUUGAGAAAGAUUGAAAAAAGGGAUACAGUAAAAAAUGUGACAUCAGUCAGUAAAACUUAGAACAUAGGAAUCAAAUUGUAUAAACAAUCAAUUAUUAAUAUUGUUUGUUAACUUUAAGUAAUUUUUUUAAUAAAAAAAAAAGUUUAUACUUAGCUUUG